AUGGCAGUGGUUGUGCAAGCCGAAACGAUGGGUGAUCUUGACAUCCCCACCAUUCCAGAAUCUCCAUCUUGCAUCGUACUUCCGACGGCAGCUAGGAACUACGAGCUUAAGACUAUACACUUUAACAUGAUGCCUUCUUUUCAUGGAGUUACUGAGGAGCACUUGAGGUUGAAGAUCUUCCCUUACACUAUGAAGGACAAAGCAAGGACAUGGCUUAAUGGUCUGAGGCCGGGUUCACUGGCGACAUGGACUGAGGCACUGACAGUUUCUAGCAAAGCUGCAGUUAAUAAUUAUGCAGGGGGAUCGAUUAGAAAUAUGACUCCGACCGAAUGUCAAACUUUAUUUGAGAGACUUGCUAUUGAGACACAACAUUCGGAAGUAAGAGGUAAGCGAGCAGGUGUGUAUGAAAUUUUCAAUUUUGAUUCUUUUGCACCAAAAUCACAGGUUGAUGCCAUCUCUACCAAGUUGGACAUGCUUCUAGCAAUGAAUGGGCAUACGACUCAAGGAGUGGAUUUCCCAGAGUUUGUGCAAGAGCAAGCAAAUAUGAUGAACUCCUAUAAUCGGAAUCCACGGUUUGAUCCCUACUCUAACUCCUAUAAUCCAGGUUUUCGGGCACAUCCAAACUUUUCUUGGAAGAAUACCCAAAACCAAGCCAAUCCACCAACCACCACAUUGGAGGACAUGGUGCGGCAGUUGGCAAUUAACCAUCAGAAAUUGGAGGCACAAGUGGGUCAAAUCGCUGAAGCAUUGAGUCAAAGGGAGGCUGGAAAGUUUCCAAGCCAAACUGAGAUCAAUCCGAACCAUAGGGAGCAUGCCAUGGCUAUCACACUUUGUGAUGAGCAACAAAGCCGAGUUGCUACAAAGUUGGAAGAGCACAAAGUUCAAGCACAAGAGCAGCCGCUUCAACAGUCGCGUCGUGCAAUCAUGCAUGGGUUGCCUGACCCCGAUAAACCUGCUCCACCUGUGAGACCUUAUGUUCCUCCGAUCCCGUUUCCUGGGCGUCUUAGGAGAAAUAAAGAAGAAGUACCAUUAGUGCAAAAGACAACCCCGAAGACGGAUGUGGCACCUUCUGUUGUGCAAGAAGAGAAGAAAGUGCACUCAAAAAGACCUCUGUGGGCAUACAAUUGGCUGAUCGAUCUAUUCGAUAUCCUAAAGGAGUACUAG